CCUGCCCUAUCGCUGCAUCCACCACUUUCGCCUCCGCAAACACCCCCAUGUCCGUCGUUGCACCAGAGCCAAUGGCUCACGUUCCUGUCGUUUGCGGCCCAGAGAGCAUGGAAGAAGAUGUCGAAGAAGGAGAAGAAGAGUACGACGUGUGCACCGAGGAAGACGACGAAGAAGAAGAUGAGUUUGCUGCAAUGAUGGCAGCAAACUUGGGUGUCACGUUUGAGGAGUAUGAGGAGUUGCAGCGUCUCCUCGAGUCUGGCGACGAUGAGGCGCUCUUUGCUGGUCUGCUGCAGGCUGCUUGUGUUGACAUCGACCGAGUCUCCGAGAUGGAGCAGGUCUUGUCGGCGUAUGGCCUUCUUUAGGCAUUUGUUCUGUCUGUGUGCGUGUUUCUCUCCGUUCCUUUGGUCUCUCCCCUUUCCCUUUCCUGGUGUCGCCCACUUUGAAUCCGCCGUUUGUGUCGCUGUCUCCUCUUUUCCGUGCUUUCUUUCUUUUCCUCUGGUGCCGUGCUUGGCGUUGUCGUGUACGCCUGCGUCAGG